UGCCAAUUUAAAAUGAAUUCCAAAUAUUAUUUGAUUGAAAGAUGGAGCAUCCUAUCGGUUUUUUUCUUAGCAUUUACCUUUUCUUGUCAUGGACUUGAAAAUGUUGCAUGGAACAUGAGCACCGUGCAGAGUUCAGUUCAGUCCCCUUAUGGUCCUGACUUAGCGGUGGAUGGAAACACAAAUCAGAGGGAAAGCAACUGUGCUAGAACGAGGUAUGGUCGUGUAGUGUGGUGGAGAGUGGACCUAGGGGAGAUCAAAGAAAUCUACAACAUCAAAGUCUUCUACAGAAACGACAGUAAUAACAAUGAUUCUUUGCGUAUGUCUGAACAUGCAGGAUUUUCUCUGUUCAUAUCAAAUACGACAAAACUUAAGGAUGGUUACCGAUGUUAUAAAAAUACUGACACAUUUCCGCCUCUUCUUUCCAAACAUGCGUGUGCACAACGGGGACGCUACGUCACAUAUUAUAACGAACGCGGCGACGGAGUUGUCGUUCCAUUGGGAUCUCGGCGUGACACAACAAUUGCUGAACUUUGUGAGGUUCAGGUUUUUGGUACCAGUGUAGUAGAACCGGCUAAUGAGAACAUUUGUCUACAUUCCAUCGCAUUUUUUUCUGUUGUUGGAGUUUGUGUGGCUAUCCUCUUCAUCUCUUUUGGGUUUAAUAUUUUUCUGUUCAGAAAAUUAAAAAAUACUAAAAUAUUGCUAGAAAAGGCCAAAUCAUCAAAAAAGAAAGCCACUGUUGUGAAAAAUUAUUCUCAGCUGAAUCGAUCCACUGACUUGCCUCAUGAAUAUUCUGAAAUGGGACCGGAUAAUCGUCCAGCACCUCCACCUUUACCUUAUUCUAUUAGCAACCGGAUUUCUCCCCAAAGUUAAUAAGACUGUAUAAAUUUUGCACUCUACUUUUGUAAAUAAUUAUUAUCGCUGUAGUUUAGACUAUAUUCACAUGUAGUACACAUAUUCCCUUCCUCGGCUAUGUCAUUUAUAUAUUUCGUAAUUUCACAAAUUUGUUGUUCCAUAGUUUCAAGCAAUAUAAGUUAGCAUGAUGCUUUCUCCUUUAUAAACUGUUAAAAUAUUUCGAUAUCAAUAAUAAAUAUCAGAUAGAUAUGCACCGAACGUUUAACAAGAUGGAAAUAACGAUCAAGUGUCAAUAUAAAAAAUCUAUAAACAAUACACAUCUGUAAACAGUCCACACCUACAUGUAUAA